ACACCAAACCUCCAUUUUCAAGACCUCAAAAACCCACAACACCCAAAAGAAACCCAAGAAUUCACUAAUGGCACCAUUUCUUGCUCCCAACCUCAUCACCAUCAUCAUGAUCACGAUCAUCACAACCUCACCGCAACUCGUUCUGACUCACCCGAACCUCAUCCCUCCCCACCUCUCCCAACUCGACACGUGGAUCGUCCACAACAUUAGGGACUACGCCAACCGCAAGGCCACCCAAGCCACUCUCCGCUUCGACUCUAAAUUGCUCUCCGCCGAGUACGCCGUCAAAAUAAUAACCGUCAAGAAAGAUGGCACCGGAGACUUCAAAACAGUCACUGACGCCGUCAACAGCAUUCCGUCGUGGAACACGCGUCGCGUCGUGGUGUUCAUCCGCGGGGGUGAGUACAGAGAGAAGAUUCUGGUCGACGCAUCGCGGCCGUUCGUGACCUUUUACGGGGAUAAGAACGACGUGCCGUCGAUCACGUUUGACGGCACGGCGUUGAAGUAUGGGACGUGGGAUAGUGCCACGGUGGCCGUCGACGCCGACUACUUCGUGGCCGUCAACAUUGCGUUCGUGAAUUCGGCUCCAAUGCCGGACGGGAACAGGCCGGGGGCUCAGGCGGUGGCGAUGAGAAUAUCAGGGGACAAGGCAGCGUUCCAUAACUGCAGGUUCAUAGGGUUUCAGGACACGUUGUGUGACGAUAGGGGGAGGCAUUUCUUUAAGGACUGCUACAUCCAAGGCACCGUUGAUUUUAUCUUUGGCAAUGGCAAAUCCCUCUACUUGAACAAUAGGAUACAUUCAGUGGCAAAUGGAAUGGGGGUGAUAACAGCACAUGCAAGGGAAGAUGCGGCAGACGACAGUGGGUUUGCGUUUGUGCAUUGCAACAUAACAGGUACAGGUGACACAUUUCUUGGGAGGGCUUGGAGGGACAGAGCUAGGGUUGUGUUUGCUUACACGAACAUGGGAUCUCUCAUCAACAGCCAAGGAUGGUCUGACGCCAUGCACUCUGAGCGCGACAAGACUGUGUAUUAUGGAGAGUACAAGUGUAUGGGACCGGGUUCGAGCUCAACGGGUCGGGUCAAGUAUGCAAAGAUGUUAUCUGAUGAAGAAGCAAAGCCCUUCCUCAGCAUGACUUUUAUCAGAGGAACAAAGUGGGUUCUCCCACCUCCCAAGCUCUGAACUUUACAUAUAUAAAUGUAUCUUGUUGUAUGUACUAGUGUAUCAUUUCAUGCAUUGGCAUGUCAAUGUAGUAAAUAAAGCAUACUUAGGUAGAAGGAAGAAGGUAACUAGCAGGUAGUCUUAUAUAUAAAUGUUGUAUGUAGGUAGGUUUGUAAACCUUGUAAGAAAGCAGGUUCUGCAUUGAAAAUUGGGGUUUAUAUACAUACCAAUAUUUCAGG